CACCUGCAAGACGCUUCCUCCUCCCACUCUCCACUCUACGCUAGCUGGGCAAAAUUGAUGCACAAACCCAGGCUCGAUCUCGCACAGAGUGAAAAAUUUGUCACUGAUGAAAGACAUUGAAUAGACACCCUUUUCUUCCUUUCUAUCGAUACAACACGAUCACACAAGGUAAAAAUAAGGUCAAUUAUACCCAAAAUUCAUAUUAACGAUACCCUGAACGGAUACGAUUAGCUAUACUCGACAUGGCUGCUUCAUCUGCCUUGAAGCCGAACUCUUCCGCAGCAUCGGAAAUUGGUAACGAUCGCGCCAACGUGAUCUCCGAUGGGAUCCGGGAACGGAAGAAAGCUGUCUCAGAAGCCAAGCACGACACUCUUUCAGACCCGACAAGUGAAGCAACGGCCAGAGAUGAUGAUGAAAAGAUUAAACAGGCUGCUGCGGCUAACUCGGAAAAGAUUCUUGGCCGAACGCCGGACGGUACCGUUUUCACCGUUCCCCAUACUCCCGAUAUGCUCACUUCCAUCUUUGCACCAAACAAACCAAAGACUGCACUCGAUGUCAUCACAAUCGUAACGCUUUGCACUCAACUCGUUCUCUUUUUCGUUCUCAAUGGUACAUUACGCAAAGUCUUCUUCUUCGUCUAUUUCGCUUUCUGGAGAGGUGCAUACAAUGGAGGUUUGGGAUACAUCUUAAAGGCACAAUCGGAACGAAAAUGGAUCAUCAAAGAAGUCAAACGUCAAGGUUGGUUUGAUGCGCAAAGAAGACCAAAAAGUGCUGCUUGGAUCAAGAACCACUUGAAAGCAAAGAUGGAUACAGAUUACGUUUACGAUGCAAUGCCGUUAGAGUACAACGUUUGGCUUUUAUUCAGAUCAAUCGUUGAUGUGAUUCUGCUCAACGACUUCACUGCUUAUUCGCUAUUUGCUUUCAGUUGCUUACGUUUUCCUGAAGGACAUUCUGUCAUGCUACAUGUCCUGCGUUGGGUCGCUGGAUGGACAUUGAUCUUUUUCAAUCUUUGGGUCAAGAUGGACGCUCAUCGUGUGGUAAAAGAUUACGCUUGGUACUGGGGAGACUGCUUCUUCUUAUGCUUGCAAAGCUUAGUGUUCGAUGGUGUUUACGAAUGUGCACCUGAUCCAAUGUACUCCUUGGGCUAUGCAGGUUACUAUGGUCUUUCACUCGUUUCAGGAAGUUAUGCUGUUUUGUUUGUUUCCUUGGCAGCACAUGCAUCGCAAUUCUUAUUCCUCAAAUUCUUCGAAGGACCUCACAUUGAUCGUGUCUACGGCGAGAAGAAGCCACUCGCAGCACGGAUUCCAUUAAACACAGCACCGUACAAUGCCGCUUCCCGACAAGAAGCUGCUACACCAGGAGCAACAAACAAUCAUGCGAUCGGCAGUGAUGGCAUUUUGGGAUCUUCUAAUCCUCCCUCAUCAACCAGCGGGGAUACGGUUUCCGCAAGCGAGGAUGAAUUUAGCAUAGAUGACGACUUUGUUGGAAAACGACAAAAAGUGACAAAGAUUCACAAGGAUUCCAAAUCUUCUACUGGCCGACCUAGAAGUGAUAGUAAUAUGCAUCGCAUUACCAACCUCCAUGACCUUCAUCACAAGCUUUUCCAACAUGAUGUGGUCGUUUUCCAGAACAUUGAUCCUCUUCGUGCAACCGACUUUUUGCUAAUCAUUGCAGUCUUUUAUGCACUGGUCCCGAAUCUGUUACCCAAGCUCGGUCCAACAUCUUCAUUGGUGGUAUUCUAUUUGAAUGCAUUGUCCUGGAGAUUGUUCCAUUCCUUUGGUCUGGGUGCAUUGUUGCACGCUCAAUCCAAUAACAAGUGGAUGGUUCGACAUUAUCUCAAACAUUACGUCUACGAUCAUAGUAUCGAUGCUGUCUAUGCAGCUUUCUCGAACUGGAAAGUGAUUUAUAACACUUCCUUGGUGAUGACUUAUGUUUCAUUUACGGUACUCUGUUGGAAAUGCUAUGUUCCAAUCAAUUCCGAUUGGACGGCAGGAUCGGAUCUACUUCGUCACGUUUUGGGAUCUUUGUUGAUCGCUUUGCACGUUUGGACCGCAACUUCUUCUUAUUCAGUCUUGGGACCUUUUGGAUGGCUUUACGGUGAUUUCUUUAUUGACGAAUACCCUCAUCAACUAUACUACACGGGUAUCUAUAGAUUCUUGAACAAUCCUGAACGUACUAUGGGAGGAGCUGCAUUCUUUGGACUUGUGUUGAUCUCUGGUAGCAAGAUGUCUUUGACGAUGGCAGUAAUAAGCUAUUUGGCACAUUGGAUCUUUUUGAGCAGUGUGGAAAAUCCACACAUGACCAAAUUGUAUGGUGAAGCAGCAAUUUCACGUCAAGGAGGAGUGAGUAAGCAAUUGAAGAGCGUUGCAGAACGAAACAGUGGAUUCUUCUCCGCUGCUCAGUCUCAUCCAAAAGUUCAAGAGAUGACACGUGAAUGGCAAAAGUAUCAAAAAGAUGCAAGCGAACGUUUGGAAGAUUUGAUGACAAAGAGUAGACCUGCAUUGGAAGAGAUUGUGAAAGACACCCGUAGUCUGUAUCAGCAAGGUAAAGAUCGACUUUUGAUCGUUCGCAAAGGUGAUGAUGUUGCUACGAUUGAUCGAAGUCAAUAUUCAGUAAAGAUCUCAUCGUCCAACGACAAAUUUGCUCUUGGUGAACCUAUCAAAGUUCAAUGGUCUGCACCAAAGACUCACAGUAGACGGGAUUGGAUCGGUAUUUAUCUUGUAUCAAGAUUUGGCGAUGAAGCCGCUGCGGAUGAAUCGAGAUUAUUGACAAAGAUUUCAAGUCAAGGAAAUUGGAUUGCGGUCGAAGAGGAUGAAUGGGAUGGUAAUGCACCAAUCAAAUCACCUACUUCGAGCGAUAAAAAGGGUGAGAAAGCAACCGAUGACGUUGUCAUCUUUCAAGGCAACAAAUUGCCAUGGCAGCCUGGAACGUACGAAGUACGAUACCAUCAUGAUGCUAAGCAUAAUGUCUUGGCGAGGACGUUGCCUUUCACGAUCACCGCUGAAAAGCCAAAAGAUUUAACGUCAUACGAACAAAUCCACGAGAUCCUUAGCAACAUCGUUCAAAACGCCCUUUUGGAUUCAAACGAUGGCGAAGCUGCCGAUACGGAAGAUGGUAGUUCUACACCAACAGAGGUACAAAAGGUCAAAGCGACGAAUGAUGAAGAUGAUUUCACCAUUUGGCAUAUCGGCCAAGCAAAGAGGAUCGCAAAAGCAAUCCAUAUUUGCUUUGAUAUGGAAUUUACGACUGAAGUAAUCGUUGCUGAGGCCAACAUUGGAAAAUUGACACAUGAUAUCAUUGAAGCACAUCAAGUUUUAGAUGGUUGAUAGAUUAUAUACCGUCUUUGCUUUUCUUUUGCUAUUCUGCAUUUACAACAAAAUAAAUUAUACUGCGUUUUAUAGACUCUUGCUUUUCCGUAUCUUCAUGCAAUGGGAAUGAUGAUUAAGCUUG